AAAGUUAGUUAGUAGCAUUGCGCAUUAAUUUAUUAUGUAAAUAUUUUUGUGUAUUCCCCGAACUUCUUUUACAUCUCAUUAUCAACAAGAAUUUCUUCCUUUUAUAUCGUAAAUUUCGCAUACUAAAAACCAUGGAGGUAUAAGAGAAGAUUCAGAGGUCGAUUUAAUUUUCAUGGGCCAAAGGAACAUCUUUGUCCAGGCUCUGUUCCUAGAUAUUGCACAGUUAUCUUGGUGCACAGUUGAGGGUCAGGAUGAGGCUUCACAAUGGAAUAGAUGCUGAGCGUCUAAUGCAGAUGCUUAGGCAGAACUUAAUUAAAGAACAAGACCAAUGGAAACCAAAGGCAUACAAUUCUGUUGAUAUUGACACAUUGGAAGUGAAUGGAAAUCAGAGAGAUGAGGCUGUUCGCUGGAUGUUGUUUCUAAACAGGAGAUUUGGAUUUACCCCAGAAACCUUUGGUCUCAGUGUUUCCCUUCUAGACAGAUUUCAUUGUCUUGUUAAAGUUCGACCUAAGUAUCUGCCAUGUGUAGCCAUUAGCUGUCUUUACAUCGCAGCUAAGACCCUGGAGGAAGAAGAAGUAAUUCCCAGCACCGUAGAUCUUGUGAAGAUUAGUCAGUGUAGCUGCUCAGUGGCAGAAAUCCUACGCAUGGAGCUCGCCAUUCUUAACAAAUUAUCAUGGAACAGUAAAUUUGUUACAGCAGUAGACUUUCUUCACAUUAUCCACGGAUUGUUGAUGAAUUAUUUCCCUCAACUGCUUAAGGGACUCUCUGACAUGACACCCUCACGUCAUCUGGGACUUCUGAUGAGACGUUUGUUUUGUUGCUAUAGUGACCAUCGAUUGAUGACCUUCAGACCGGUGACCCUAGCUAUGACUGUUAUCUGUUUAGAACUGGAACAGAUGACUCCUAAUUGGCUCUCCAUGGUUAUUAUGGUUCAACAAAUGGCUAAGAUUGACAAUGAAGAUUUUAUCCAAUGCCGAGAGGAAAGUGGAAGGUUUCUAACCAGUAACAAACUACUACCCACCGGUUAUAAAUUUUCUUCUCAAAAGCCAUUGCCUAAAAAGUCUAUCAAACGUAAGGCCAGUAUUCUAGACGACGAGGACGAUAUCUACGACGGAAUCAAGAGGCUGUACAAUGAAGACAGCAAUGACGUCAGGAUGUCAUGUGCCAAAGAGUUGCACCAAGAUAACCAAGACAAUUUCAUACAAAUGACUACUGUUAGUGCCAAUUAAAUAUGUAAUCUCAGGUGUUUUAAUUUGGAUGUUACAGGUAGAUAGAGUUGAGAAAUCAUAUCAUUAUCCUUGCUGAAAACUUUAUAAAUUAUACUUUUGGUGUGACUUGGUUUGUAGAAUUUAUCUUUUUCUCUGAAUUUUUCUUCUUCAAAAAAGAAUCAUAGACAAAUAUAUACUUUAUAAAUAGUUAAAGAGUAAAUGUCUUUUGAAAUAUGUGUUAUUAAUAAACCGAAAAGAACAAAAACUAACAGUUUGUAAACUUUGCGUUGAAGUAAAUGCUACACUGUUAUGUCUUCUGUUUCUCAACUUUUUCUAAAUGCAAGUCCUAUCUGAGGCCAAGAGAUGCAUAUGUCAAUCAAAAACUAACAGAAAUAAUCUUUGAACUGUAGCCCAUGUCUCUUUUGAUAUAAUUUGUUUUAUUUAUGUUACAUUUUUCACAAGAAUAUGUUAAAGUGCCAUAUUUUAUUCUGUUUAUAGAAGUUGUUUAUUAUUACUACGUACUUAACAUAUUCUUGUAGAUCUACCCACUCGUAUGAUUGUUAAUGCCAUUAUUAUGAAGCUUGCCCAUUCUCAAUUUGAUACCAUAGAUAUUAUACAUCCAGGUCAGUUGAGUUGAUCUUCUUUAAAAAUAAAAUUUUCUUUGGUAACAUUUCUCAAAUUAUCUUUGUACAAUACAUUAUUUAGAAAUUAUUAAAUCUAAGAAUAUAUUUUUGGAAAUAAUUCUUAUCUGUGAAAUUAAUAACAAUUCAUUUUAUUUUUUUCAAUCACAAAAAUAUAUUAGUGCUAACAUACAAUUUUGUUUGCUCAUACUGCAGCCAAAUUAUAUGAAAAUUAUAAAUUGUUAUUUUUUUUCCUUGUUAUUUUUGUUUGUAAAUACCUGUACAAAGUUUUUCUUUUUAAUUUUUGAAGAGGCUGUGACAAGAACAAACGAUUAUGUUAUUAUUUCCACUGAUGAGUACAGUAUUUUGAUUUUAAUUUUAUUUCUAUAUGUUAUUAUGUGUUGUAAGUUAUUUAUGAAUCUUUUUGCUUUAAUGUUAUUUUAUAUAAUUUAUU